AUGUCCGAAGAGAAUGAAUCAGAACGCGAAGACGAUACUCCACACCUGGGAUCACGUAUAAGGUAUAUACUUAUCGGCAUCGAUUACGGAACAACUUUCACUUCAAUCUCCUAUUUCACUUACUUCGAUGGAGAGGCCGUCACAACGAUUUACCCGAGUGACAUCGCAACAAUCUCGAACUGGCCUGAAGAUCCUAUGCGCGGACUGAACCUGCAUGUACCGACGGAGCAAUGGUAUUCUUCCAUCCCAAUAAACCGCAGUCCGACCACAGGAAGGAUUGAACCUGAUCCAGAGGUCGACGGGUUUAGCUCCAGCUCCGAAGAAGAGAACGAGAACGAACCGUCCCGCUUACGAAGAUCGCCGGCGCCGAGGCCGGAUCAAAGACUUUCACAAAUAUUGGAUAGCUCUAGCGCAGAUGAUGACAGCAGUCCGGAUUUGCUCUGGGGAUUUCAGUGUCCAUACCAGCGAUACAUCGCUCAUACAACUCGUGAUUAUCGACGCCAUGUAGACAGAGUUAAGCUGAUGUUGCUCAACACCGAGCAUACCAAAAAGGGCAGAGAGGAACUUCAACCUGUAUUCGAGGACCUCAUUGAAAAUCAGCUGGUUCGCAACAACGGGAUACAGAGACCUGAUCUAGAUUGUGAACUUGUCCAAGACAUGAUCACCGACUACCUAGCCAAAAUUUUUCAACACACGAGGCAAGAGUUGAUCGCUCGUGGAGAGUACGACAACAAAUCUUGUGUCAAAUUUGCGUUGACAGUUCCGGUAAUGUUUUCGAAGAUAUCCUCCUUGGUUCUACAAUGGGCAUUGGGAGAAGCCAUCAGGGUGACUGGGUUCGGGACGUUAACGAACAGAAAUGUCGACAACCUCUUUUUGGUGACUGAACCAAAAGCUGCCGCAACAUUCCUGCUAGGAAGUUCCAAAGAUCUAACUGCUGGCGCGACCUUUGUCGUGUGCGACUGUGGCGGUGGAACGGUAGACGCUUCGACAUUUAGCGUGGCUAGGUCGCAGCCGUUAAGACUGGGAGAGGAGGUGUGUCCGCCUGCCGGUGAUAAUUGUGGCGCUAGCUACUUGAAUGAAAACUUCCGCCGAUUGAUGCUUGAAAAGCUCAGAGAUGAAGCCGAGCACUUCGAGAGAAACGGCAACACCAUUGAAUCGCUUGUUGACGCUCAAAUGCCCAACUUUGAAGAUCACUUGAAGCGCAAUAGGGAUAUAUAUAAAAACCCAAGCGCCAGAAUAUACAUACCAGGGCUUCGUGGCGACAAACGACAAGGACGCGAGGGACAGGACGCUAAAGGAUUUGACGACAAUUAUGUUUGGCUCUAUCAGAAUGAUUUCCAUCAAAUUUUCUUUCCGCUUUUGGAUCGUGUCGCUCGUGUCAUUCAAGGUCAACUCGAGGCAGCAAUAGCUCUUGGGAAGGAAGUCAAACACGUCUUUCUUACUGGUGGCUUCGGUGCUUCGCUCUCGCUGCAGAGCCAUCUUCAGAAAUUUCUUGCCAAAUUUGCCGAGGAGGUCGGCUUGUCAUACGAAAUUGAUUUGGUCUUACCCCGUCAUGACCAAGAUUACAUCACUGCGGUUUCUUCCGGGGCCGUGCUGUUGACCAGAAAUCCGGAAGAUGGAAUUCCACGGCUCGCGGAAACAACAUAUGGGUUUCUGACGAAGCAGUUGUAUGAGCCUGAUUGGGUUGGGCAUACCAAUGGCAAACCUGUCUUAUGUCCACUAGAGGCAUGCUUGAUGAUUGAGGUGAUCGAUAAUUUUCUGGAGCAGGGAGACAUCCUGGACUCUAAACACAAGUGGAAACCACUUACAAGAACUCACCAUUUCCCAGUUGAUGAUAAGACUCUCCUAUGUGAGGAAGUGUUAUAUGUAUCUGAUACAACCAGCUCUUCUGAGUAUCACCUCAACCACGAGCAGAAUAAAAAUGCUCAGCCUGCGGGAAACUUCUUCGUUGACUUCACCAAGUUGCGCAAUCAGGGAAAGAUUCGACCAAAAGGAGCGGGCCGAGGUCAAAAAGGGAAGGGUAAGGCACGGUACGAGAUAACCUACGACCUGAUCCUUCUUGUUGAUGGAAGAAAUCUGAAGAUCGAAGUCAGAUAUCCAUCAGGACAGUAUGGUAAGAUAGUAAAGGUCGCGCAAAUCUGUAUCGCCGCUUCUUUCAAGCCGGGGACAUCGUGA